UAAAUUCAACACUACAAAUUAGAUAUUUAAACUAGCUUUAGUUUUCCACCGGAAAUGACUGACAUGCAUUUGCUGUCAUGUGAUAAACAUUUUUCACCGCACUGAAGUGCGGCGUAGCGUUCGGUUUCCCCAAACUAAGAAAUGUUUCUCUGCCACAGCCUGCUAAAUUGCAGUUAGCUUCAGUUAUGGAAGUGACUGACAGUAGCUUAAUGUAAACGUGUAUAUUUCCGUUCAAGUGUUGAAGAAAAUUCACGGAUAUAACCUGUUUGGAACCUGUCCAUCACCAGCACCAUGGAACCCACAGCCUCUGGAAUGUUCUGUAACAGAAUGCUCAGUAUGGUAAACGCGGAGGAUGUCAACGCCAUCAUCCAAGCCCAAAGGCACAUGCUGGACCGCUUUGAAAAGACCAAUGAGAUGCUAAUCAACUUCAACGGGCUGUCCAACGUGCGGCUGCUGCAGAUGAACGAACACUUCCUGCUUCACACACGCACCCUGGUGGAGAUGAAGAAAGACUUGGACAGCAUCUUUAGGAGAAUCAGGACGUUAAAGGGCAAGAUCGCCAAGCAGUACCCAGAGGCCUUCAGCAAUGUCCACGAGUCGCCUAUCCUGGAGGAGGACGACGACGAGUUUGAUCUCAUCCCGCCCAGCGUUGCCGCGACGAUCACCACUGCCAUGUCGGAGCAGAGCACAGAGUCAUGUGACACAAGCCCCGACGUCAUUUCCCCAACCGUGAGCCGGUGUUCUGAAGACCUCUCCCAGGAGCAGGCCGACACGCCUACCUCUGACCCAGCCCUGCCUAGCCCUGAGAUGGGCGUGCUGAGGGAUGAGGGUCCGGACUCGGUGCCUGCAGAGUAGAGCCUUCAUAACCCAGGCCUAGAGCUCUACUUGGUUCCUUGCUAAGUAGAGCCUUCGUAACCCAGGCCUAGAGCUCUACUUAGUACUCGCAGAGUAGAGCCUUUGUAACCCAGGCCUAGAGCUCUACUUAGUACCUGCAGAGUAGAGUCUUCGUAACCCAGACCUAGAGCUCUACUUAGUACCUGCAGAGUAGAGCCUUCGUAACCCAGACCUAGAGCUCUAUUCAGUGCCUGCGGAGUAGAGCCUUCGUAAGCCCGGCCUAGGGCUCUAUUCAGUACCUGCAGAGUAGAGCCUCUGUAAAACAGGCCUAGGCCUUGGGUUGGCUCAGUAGCUGUAGAUUAGAUACUCCUACAUACAAAAGUAUGUGGACACCCCUUCAAAGUAGUGAAUUUGGCUAUUUCAGCCCCACCCUUUGCUGCCAAGUGUAUAAAAUCGAGCACACAGCCAUGCAAUCUCCAUAGACAAACAGUGCCGGUAGAAUGGCCUUACUGAAGAGCUCAGUGACUUUCAACAUGGCACCGUCAUAGGAUGCCACCUUUCCAAGUCAGUUCAUAAAAUGUCUGCCCUGCUCGAGCUUUCCCGGUCAACUGUAAGUGCUCUUAUUGUGAAGUGGGAACGUCUAUGAGCAACAAAGGCUCAGUUGCAAAGUGGUAGGCCACACAAGCUUAAAGAAUGGGACCGCCGAGUGCUGAAGCACGUAGCGCUUAAAAAUAGUUGAAACACUCACUACUGAGUUCCAAAUUGCCUCUGGAAGCAACGUCGGCACAAGAACUGUUCGUUGGGCACUUCAUGAAAUGGGUUUCCAUGGCCGCGCAGCCGCACACAAGCCUAAGAUCACCAUGCACAAUGCCAAGCGUCGGCUGGAGUGGUGUAAAGCUCGCCACCAUUGGUCUCUGGAGCAGGAGAAAUGCGUUCUGUGGAGUGAUGAAUCACGCUUCAUAUCUUGUAGUCUGACGGAAGAAUCUGGGUUUGCCGGAUGCCAGGAGAACGCUACCUGCCCCAAUGCAUAAUGCCAACUGUAAAGUUUGAUGGAGGAGGAAUAAUGGUCUGGGGCUGUUUUUCAUGGUUCGGGCUAGGCCCCUUAGAUCCAGUGAAGGGAAAUCUUAACACUACAGCAUACAAUGACAUUCUAGACAAUUCUGUGCUUCCGACUUUGUGGCAACAGUUUUGGAAAGGCCCUUUCCUGUUUCAACAUGACAAUGCCCCCGUGCACAAAGCGAGGUCCAUGCUGAAAUUAUUUGUCAAGAUUGGUGUGGAAGAACUUGACUGGCCUGCUCAGAGCCCUGACUUCAACCUCAUCGAACACCUUGGGAUGAAUUGGAACCCCAACUGCGAGCCAGUUCUAAUCGCCAAACAUCAAUGCUCGACCUCACUAAUGCUCUUGUGGCUGAAUGGAAGCAAAUUCCCUCAGCAAUGUACAUCAUCUAGUGGAAAGUCUUACCAGAAGAGUGAAUGCUGUUCUAGUAGCAAAGGGAGACCCAACACCAUAUUAAUGCCCAUGAUUUUGCGACGACAAGGUGUCCACAUACUUUUGGUAAUUUAGUGUAGAAGCCCCAAGCUGCAGCAGAAGGUCAAUGUGAUUGAUUCGCUUUUGAGUUUUGACCCGCUAUCUGGCUAGUCAAGUCUGACUGCUGUUCACCUGUAACUGCCAAGACUCUUAGAAGAGUACAUCCCUUUUGAAGAUAUGCUUGUCCAGCACUCUCCCCUAAGCAUUGAAGAAGAUACUUGAAUUGGUGUUGUUUUGAAGAACUGAAUCCUUUACUGCUGACCCAGGAGGACUGCCCCCCCCCCCAGUUAUUCAUUGUUUGUGUACACAGGAGAGUCUCUCCCUAUCAUUAUUUGUUUAGCUUGGAAAUAUUGUACUCCUUUAAUGAGGUGGUGAACUCUGGGCAUGGGCAAGCCUAUUGGAAGCCAGCUUUUAAUCAAUGGUUACGGCCUGCCAAAAUAUGUUUUUGAGUAAUACAUACCUCAAAUGUGGUUUACCCUACUGAAACAUCACACCGCAAAUAGACUUUGUUUUUAAACAUGUAAAAUGUGAGUUGCUCCGUAGAAGAGUUCAUUCAGUAUUAUUGUUCUCCAUUGUUUCUCAGAUAUGCUAUUUUAUUUUGUUGGGUUAACUUGAGCUCAAGUACUAGGCUACAUUGUUAAUCUGUAAAUGAUCUCUCGAUUUAAGUGGCUAGCUAAAGCUCUUUUAAGUGUUUAUCAGUAUCAAAUUGGAAAAAUGUUGUGUAUUUACUUGAAUUGCUGAAGUAUAUGAAUUGGUUUGUUUAACAGUUAAAUUAUUAAAAUAUGACAACUCAA